CACAAAUAUAUAGUGACUAGAAAAUCAUAUCAUAUCAUUAGAAUAGAAAAGGGGGCCACUAUGGGUGGUGGUGAUCAGAAAAAUGUUUCCAUUAAUGAUAAGAAAAAGAAAAAUGGUUCUUUCAAGUCCAUUUUCAUGCAUGCUGAUGUUCUUGAUUGGUUUUUCAUGGCUUUUGGUUUUUUUGGGGCUAUUGGUGAUGGCAUGAUGGUCCCUUUCGUGUUGUUUAUCACAAGCAAAAUUAUGAACUCUGUUGGUAGUGCUUCUGGAACAUCAAGCAGCAAUUUUGUCCAUGAUGUCAAUAAGAAUGCAGUUGUUGUGCUAUACAUGGCCUGUGCUUCUUUUUUUGUAUGCUUCCUAGAGGGCUAUUGUUGGACAAGAACAGGUGAAAGACAAGCUGCAAGAAUGAGAGUUAGGUACUUAAAAGCAGUUCUAAGACAAGAAGUAUCAUACUUUGAUUUGCAUGUUACAAGCACAACAGAUGUCAUCACCAGUGUAUCUAGUGACAGCCUAGUAAUUCAAGAUGUUCUUAGUGACAAGGUUCCAAAUUUUUUGGUGAAUGCAUCUAGGUUCCUUUCAAGCAACAUAGUAGCAUUUGCAUUAUUAUGGAGAUUGGCUAUUGUUGGAUUCCCUUUUAUGGUUCUUCUUGUGAUCCCUGGUUACAUGUAUAAGAGGAUUUCGAUGAGGUUGGCUAGAAAGAUUAGAGAAGAGUACAAUCAAGCUGGUACAAUAGCGGAACAAGCAAUAUCUUCUAUAAGAACUGUUUAUUCUUUUGUAGGGGAAAGCAAAACUCUAGCAGCUUUCUCUAAUGCUUUGGAAGGGUCAGUGAAAUUAGGUUUGAAACAAGGUUUGGCUAAAGGCUUAGCCAUAGGAAGCAAUGGUGUUGUCUAUGCUAUAUGGUCUUUAAUAUUCUACUAUGGUAGCAUAAUGGUCAUGUAUCAUGGUGCUAAAGGCGGUACAGUAUUUGUAGUUGGAGUAACAUUAGCAAUUGGUGGAUUGGCUUUUGGAACUUGUUUCUCAAAUGUGAGGUACUUCGCAGAAGCAAGUGUGGCAGGAGAAAGAAUAAUGGAAGUGAUAAAAAGAGUUCCAACGAUAGAUUCUGAAAACAUGGAAGGUGAAAUUAUAGAGAAAGUCUUGGGGGAAGUUGAGUUCAACAAUGUUGAAUUUGUGUAUCCAUCAAGACCAGAAAGUGUGAUCUUAAAUGAUUUUUGCUUAAAGGUUCCAUCAGGAAAAACAGUGGCAUUAGUAGGAGGAAGUGGUUCAGGAAAAUCAACGGUUGUAUCACUUUUACAAAGAUUUUAUGAUCCAAUUGGUGGAGAGAUUCUUCUUGAUGGAGUUGCUAUUCAUAAGUUGCAACUUAAGUGGCUUAGGUCACAAAUGGGUUUAGUAAGUCAAGAACCUGCUUUGUUUGCAACAAGCAUUAAGGAGAAUAUACUUUUUGGAAGAGAGGAUGCUACAUAUGAAGAAAUUGUGGAUGCUGCCAAAGCUUCCAAUGCUCAUAAUUUCAUAUCAAUGUUGCCACAAGGAUAUGAUACUCAGGUUGGGGAGAGGGGAAUUCAAAUGUCUGGGGGACAAAAGCAAAGGAUUGCCAUUGCAAGAGCCAUAGUAAAAAUGCCAAAAAUUCUAUUGCUAGACGAAGCAACAAGUGCUCUCGAUUCUGAAUCUGAACGAGUUGUCCAAGAAGCUCUAGACAAAGCUGUAGUUGGACGCACCACCAUCAUCAUCGCUCACCGCUUAUCCACCAUCCAAAAUGCAGACAUCAUUGCAGUUGUUCAAAAUGGUAAGAUCAUGGAAACAGGAUCUCACGAAAGCCUCAUGCAAAAUGACAGUUCCAUUUACACAUCCCUAGUUCAUCUCCAACACACCAAAAAUGACCAAGACGGUGAUACCCUAUCUAUCAUGAAUAAACAUCACAUUAGUUGUAGAUUUUUGAGUCGUUCUAGCUCUUUCAACUCAAUGACACAUGGUGGUGGUGAUGUCGUUAAUUAUAACAAUGUUGUUGAAGAUGUUGUUAACGACAUUGAUCAUAAUACUAAUAAGAAGAAGAAAAAGGUGAAGGUUCCUUCAUUUCGAAGAUUGUUGGCAAUGAAUGCUCCAGAAUGGAAGCAAGUAUGUUUGGGGUGUUUGAGUUCAGUUUUAUUCGGUGCGGUUCAACCUAUAUCCACAUUUGCAACGGGGGCAGUUGCAUCGGUUUAUUUUCUGAAUGACCGUGAUGAGAUGAAGAAGCAGAUUAGGAUGUAUGCUUUUUGUUUUCUAGGGUUGGCUUUGGCCUCUAUUGUUUUCAAUAUGCUUGAACAGUAUAGCUUUGCUUACAUGGGAGAGUACUUGACUAAGAGGAUUAGAGAAAGAAUGUUUUCCAAGAUACUCACUUUUGAAGUUGGUUGGUUUGAUGAGGAUCAAAAUUCUACGGGUGUUAUUUGCUCUAGACUUGCCAAAGAAGCCAACGUGGUAAGAUCUGUGGUGGGUGAUAGUUUGUCACUAGUGGUACAAACUAUAUCAGCAAUGGUAGUAACAUGUACAAUGGGUCUAAUUAUUACAUGGAGACUAUCCAUUGUUAUGAUAUCAGUUCAACCAAUUACCAUUUUUUGUUACUACACAAGACGUGUUCUUCUUAAUAACAUGUCAAGUAAAGCCAUUAAGGCUCAAGAUGACAGUAGCAAAAUAGCUGCUGAAGCUGUUUCAAAUCUAAGAAUCAUCACAUCUUUUUCAUCACAAAAUAGAAUCCUCAAAAUGCUUGAAAAAGCCCAACAAGGCCCACGUCAUGAAAGUAUCAGACAAUCUUGGUAUGCGGGUAUUGGACUUGCAUGUUCACAAAGCCUCAUUUUUUGUACUAGAGCCUUAAACUUUUGGUAUGGUGGAAAACUUGUCUCACAAGGAUAUAUAACAAAAAAUCAAUUUUUUGAGACAAUUAUGAUUUGGAUAAGCAUUGGAAAAGUUAUUGCAGAUGCUGCGAGUAGCAUGACUAAUGAUCUUGCUAAAGGUUCUGAUGCCGUCAGAUCAGUUUUUGCAAUUCUUGAUAGGUAUACGAAAAUUAAGUCGGACGACUUAGAAGGUUUCAGAGCUGAAAAGUUGAUAGGAAAAAUUGUAUUUCAUGACGUACAUUUUUCAUAUCCGGCUAGGCCUAAUGUGAUGGUCUUUCAAGGGUUCUCUAUUGAAAUUGACGCCGGAAAAUCAACGGCUUUGGUUGGGGAAAGUGGUUCUGGAAAAUCGACAAUCAUAGGACUAAUUGAGAGAUUCUAUGAUCCACUUAAAGGGAUAGUGACAGUUGAUGGUAGAGACAUAAAAACUUAUAAUCUACGAUCAUUAAGGAAACAUAUUGCACUUGUGAGUCAAGAACCAACAUUGUUUGGUGGUACCAUAAGAGAAAAUAUUGUAUAUGGAGCAUAUGAUGAUAAAGUUGAUGAGAGUGAGAUUAUAGAGGCAUCAAAGGCUGCAAAUGCUCACGAUUUCAUAUCAAGCUUAAAAGAUGGUUAUGAUACACUGUGUGGUGAUAGAGGAGUUCAACUUAGUGGUGGUCAAAAACAAAGAAUUGCAAUAGCUAGAGCUAUAUUGAAGAAUCCAGAGGUGUUGCUUUUGGAUGAAGCAACAAGUGCACUUGAUAGUCAAUCAGAGAAAUUAGUCCAAGAUGCUUUAGAAAAGGUCAUGGUUGGAAGGACAAGCGUGGUUGUAGCACAUAGGUUGAGUACUAUUCAAAACUGUGAUUUGAUUGCUGUUUUGGAUAAGGGAAUUGUUGUUGAGAAAGGAACACAUUCAUCUUUGUUGUCUAAAGGGCCAAGUGGAGCAUAUUACUCUUUGGUAAGUCUACAAAGAAGACCAAACAAUAUAAUUGCUGAUUCUUGCCAUGAAAUUAACUAAAUAAACAUGAUCAAGUUUCCAUGUUUAAAGGUAGAAGCUAUGAAGAAGAAUUGAUGAUGGAGUUGUUGUGGUAAUAUGUGAAAUUAAAAGAAAAAUGAGAAGAGGGGUAGGGAAAUCGUUUGUUCCUUAGAUUCCAAAAAAAAAAAUCAUGCAUACAAUCAUCAAAAUUGGUUGUCUCUAAGUCUAACAUAGCACAAUUCCUAUGUUGAUCAUUAUAUGCUUAUAUUGUUAUAUAAUUACAUUUUGCUUGACUAUGUAAUCUUUGUUGGUCUCUAUGUCCUAUGAUUAAAUGGAGUUAGGGAGAGGACACUUAUUUGUAAA